CGUCUUGCCUUAGGUGAGGCAUUCCAUUAACCUCCGUCCAAUUUCUAUUCAGGACCUUUCAUAACGAGAUGAUGUGCCACGUGUCAGGCUCUCGACAGCCCUCUUCUCGUUCACAACGCCAUUGAGAUUUUUUUUCCCGCUUUUGAAAAACGAAAAACAAAAAUCCACAAAAAUUCGUAUGAAGCUCUCUGGUUAUCCUCUCCAUCCUGAGAGUGACAGAGGCCAGGGCAGAGGGCACAAAGAGAGCUGAAACGGCGUCGUGUAUUGAUAAUUGAGUUUGGUCCUUGGCUCUCUGAAAUGGAGUAAGAGCUUUUGAGCUUCAAGCUGAUAGAGGUUUCGCUGAAGAAAUGGUCAUCGGCGGUUUAAUCUCGAACCGGAAUUUCAGUACCUCCUUUAUCGGCUCAGGAAAAUUAUGUCAAAGAGAACAUGCUAUUUCUCAUUGGAGAGGAGAGCAUCCAGGUGUUGCUAUUGCUAUACCCCGACAUGGACAUGGGAAUAUGUUCUACAAACACUUGGGUAAUCUGGGGGCAGAUGUUGCUUUAUCUAGAGGCUUAUAUGGACAAUUUCUUCAUGCUUGUGCUCCUUCAGGUGGAAAAAUUUUAAAGCCAAUAGGAACUUUGCGUGAUGACAGGAAGCAUCCUUGUCCAGUGCCCUUUCAAACUACUUGUGGCAUCAAACCUAGGCAAGGAAUCUGUAGAAGAUUUCAAUCCCAUCUUUCUUCAGAUUCUGUUCAGAGCAGUCAGUUUCAACCAAGAGGGCUAAGUACAUUUAGUGUAAAAACCACGCAAUGCCAAAAUUCUGAGCAUGUUAAGCCAAACAGGACCUGUGCUCACUACAAGGCUGAGGAGUAUGACAUAACAGAAGCAAAUGUGGACUCACUGGCAUCAGCAGAAGGAUCAACUGAAACUGUUCUAGUAGAAGGAAAUGUGCAGGAAGUAUCUCCUUGGUGGGGCCAAUUUCCCAAGCGCUGGGUGAUUGUACUGCUCUGUUUUACCGCGUUUCUAUUAUGCAACAUGGACCGUGUGAACAUGAGCAUUGCCAUACUUCCAAUGUCAAAGGAGUUUAACUGGAACAGUGCUACAGUUGGCUUAAUUCAGUCCUCCUUUUUCUGGGGUUACCUACUUACUCAGAUCAUUGGAGGCAUAUGGGCAGAUAAAUUUGGUGGGAAGCUAGUAUUAGGUUUUGGAGUGAUCUGGUGGUCAAUAGCAACAGUUUUGACACCUAUUGCUGCAAAAGCCGGGCUUCCUUUUCUGCUUGUAAUGCGUGCUUUCAUGGGGAUCGGAGAGGGUGUUGCUAUGCCUGCAAUGAAUAAUAUGCUUUCCAAGUGGAUUCCAGUGUCAGAGAGAAGCAGAGCACUUGCACUAGUAUACAGUGGCAUGUAUCUUGGUUCUGUCGCAGGGUUGGCUGUCUCUCCUUCUCUUAUCCAAAAUUUUGGGUGGCCAUCUGUGUUUUACUCAUUUGGCUCCCUUGGAAGUAUCUGGUUUGCAUUAUGGCUAAGAAAAGCAUAUAGCUCACCAAAAGAAGACCCAGAAGUUAGUACAGAGGAGAAAAGGCUUAUCUUGGGUGGCAGCAUACCAAAGGAAACUGUUUCAGUUAUUCCUUGGAAAUUGAUUUUAUCAAAAGCACCUGUUUGGGCUCUUAUAAUCUCCCACUUCUGCCAUAAUUGGGGAACGUUUAUUCUAUUGACGUGGAUGCCAACCUACUACAAUCAGGUUUUGAAGUUCAACCUUACUGAAUCUGGGCUCUUCUGUGUCUUGCCAUGGUUGACCAUGGCUGUUUUUGCAAAUAUAGGAGGCUGGAUUGCAGACACACUAGUGAGCAGAGGUCUUUCCAUAACAGCAGUUCGUAAGAUCAUGCAAUCAAUUGGGUUUUUGGGCCCGGCCUUCUUCCUUACGCAGCUGAGCCAUAUCAAGACACCUGCUUUGGCUGUGCUAUGCAUGGCGUGCAGUCAGGGAUGUGAUGCAUUUUCGCAAUCUGGUCUGUAUUCCAAUCACCAAGACAUUGGACCUCGCUAUUCUGGAGUAUUGUUGGGACUGUCAAACACGGCUGGAGUGCUUGCUGGUGUCUUUGGUACAGCUGCAACUGGUUACAUACUCCAACGAGGUUCUUGGGAUGAUGUAUUCAAAGUGGCCGUUGCAUUGUACAUCAUAGGCACACUAGUCUGGAACCUCUUUUCAACAGGAGAAAAAAUUCUUGAAUAAUAAAUGCAAGAAUGCCUGGAAAAUGCAGCCGAUAUAACUAUAGAGAUCAAGCUAUAUGAAGAGAUGGAAGAAAAAUACGAAACCGAGCAUGAGCAACACAUGCAUGCGAACCCUGCUGGGCAAAACAGGCUUAGGAUGCUUCUGCUGAAGUUUUCUAUACCAACUUGUGAAGCCCUUAAUUUUGCUCCGACAACUUUUGGUUUGACUUUUUACAGGCUGAUGCCAUUUUCUUUUUGUUUAUUUUACAUGGUGUUAACACGGAAAAUUUACGGGCAAUUUGCACCCCAUGAAACAAAGUAAAUUUCACGGAAGAGGACCUAAUGAUAAACUCAAAAUCUCAACAGAUCGAUGAUGAAUCUAUAUCAUUCUUAUUGAUA